AUGAGGGUUAACGCAGAAAAAAUUCCUCUCGAAACGGAUCAAGGAAUCAUAGAGAGCGAAGAAAGAAGAUGGGGUCUACCUUUGCGAGAAGUAUAUAAACACGGGCUGUCUUUUUACAAAGAUAAAGAUGGAAAGGCUAUGCACUUGAGUUAUGAAGACAAGCUGAAGCUAGUAGCAUAUACACAGCAAGCAGCUCAUGGUCCAUUGGAUGUAACCUCAGCUUCACCAUUAGGAGUUCUAGAUGUCAUUGGAAGAGAUAGAAGGGCGGCAUGGCAAAACCUUGGCCAAAUGUCUCAAAUUCAAGCUAUGACAGGCUUUGUACACACUCUGGAUAGAUUGUGCCCAUUGUUUAGACCUUACUUGGAAGCAAUUCAAAAAGAUAUGGAAUCAAAAAUACAGGAGGAGAUAAUUAAAGAAAGAGAAGAAAAAAGCCACAAAGAUUUGGAAAACAGAAUUAUUCUGGAGAAAGAGAAACAACAGUGCAACAAAUUAACUGAAGACCAACAAGUGCAAAGAAUAAAAGAUGCACUAAAUGUGCAGUCUUAUGACCAGUUUUUGGAGUAUGCUCGACAGCAGUUUCCAGGCAACUUUGACCAACAAGCUGUGCUAAUACGUCAGCUGCAGGAUCAACAUUACCAACAAUAUAUUCAACAGCUUGCUGUUGAUGAGAGAUUAGCAAAGUCAAAUAUUUCUUGUAUUGAGGACAAAGAAAAUAUUGAAGUGACAAAGGAUUGUAAUUCAAAUGAUACAGAGAAUGUUGUUGAUAGCAAAGCAAUGCAAACAACAGAAAAACCUGAAAUACAUGAUUAUAAUGAUGAAUCAAGGGAAGAUGAUGGAGAAUCGGAAAUUGAUGAUGGCUUACCAGCAGUUGAAGAGGCUCGUAUGUGGACUCGUAGUGAAGUUGAUGAGUUUAAAGAAUCAGCUCGGGCAAAUGGAGGAAUGCUAACAGUAGGGCAUGGGGAGACAGUGACAAUACGUGUCCCUACUCAUUCCAGAGCUCGGUCCAUAUGUUGGGAGUUUGCUACUGACCAUUAUGAUAUAGGUUUUGGUCUUCACUUUGAAUGGAGCAAGUCAACUACAUCAGAAGUAACUGUACACGUGUCGGAGUCUGAUGAUGAAGACGACGGCGAUGACGAUGAUGAUGCAGACGAAGAGUAUACAAUACAAAAUAGCACAGAUCCGGAAGUAGGUUCCGGCAAACGAGUGCAAAACACACCGCGGCCUCUUGUCAGUCUUAUUGUACCUAUAUACAGGCGUGAUUGUCACACUGAAGUGUAUGCAGGAUCUCACACCUACCCUGGCGAAGGCGUUUAUUUACUCAAAUUUGAUAACACAUAUAGUCUAUGGCGGUCAAAAACUCUAUAUUACAAAGUAUAUUACAUACAAUAG